AGGAGAGGCGGCGGCGCGGGCCGGAAGCAGCCGAGGGCAGCGGCCUUCCGCCGGGGCCUGUUGGGCAGGCGCCAGCCCUCAGAGCGCGGCAGCGGCGCCCGGCCGUUACCGCCGUUACGCCGGCGGGGCGGGGCGGGGCGGGGCAGGGCAGGGCAGGCCGGUAGGCGGUGCUCAGCCCGGAAGCAGUCGGGGAAGCUGCGCAGGCGGCCGUGGGGCCCGGGUAAACAACGGCGGCGAGUGCAGGAGCGUGGAAAUCAUGGAAGGAAGAACUUCAGCAUCUGCAGGUCACAUCAGUUUUCGAAUACCAAAGAAGAAGCCAAACACCAGGUCAGAGGAUGUCCAAGUUCAGUCCCCUUUGACAAGGCUGCCAGGCUCCCCCCAUUGGGUCUACCCUUUAAAAGAGUGGAGAUUAAGUGCCAGGAACAAAGAGUCUUCUACACAAAGAAGAAGGCAAAGGGACUGUGACAGAUGCAGCUGUAAUGAUGAAGAAUCAAUUGGGCAACCCAAAGUUAUCUUGACGAAUGUCCUGAGGACGAAAAUAGGACGAAAAUACACACAGGCGCAACCUAAAACUGAUGCUAAUUUUUCUGAUGCUGACAAGCUGCAGUCAGAUCAACUACCUUCAUCAUCUGUUGCCAGCCUAAAGAUAUGGCAAAUUUUAAAUCCUACUCUCCAAAGCCUUUUUCUGUCUAAAAGGCAACCCAAAGUUAUCUUGACGAAUGUCCUGAGGACGAAAAUUGGAAGAAAAUACAUAAACAGCCACGUAAUAAUUGAUGCUAAUUUAUCUGAUGCUGACAAGUUACAAUCAGGUCAACCACCCUCAUCAUCUGUUGCCAGCCUACAGACAUGUCAAAUAUUAAGUCCUCCUCAUGAAAGUUCUUUUCUGUCCAAAAGGAGUGAGCAUUGCCUGAGAAAGACAGAUGAUGGCCCUUGUAAAUUGACCGAACCUUCUAAGGAAUCAGAAAGCAGUAAUUUUGUCUUCGCUUUUAGAAAACGUGAGCUGCAGAAGAAAGAAAACAAGAACUAUGUUGAAGUGGAUAAGAGGAACAAAAACAUGAACAGUACCUCUCAUAGUUGGAAGGGAUCAGACUCCUUUGAUUCUGAGAAGAGGAAAAGAAGAUUUAGCGAUGAUUGUAAUGCACACAUUCCAGAAAAAUCCCAUCCACUGUCUAAAGAGCAAAGACUGAGUUCAACACAGUCACUUGGCUGCAGAAACCUCUGUGAGGAUGAACAAGGUCACAGGUCUAGCCUGGUGCACGACUGCACACCCCAGCUGUUAGAGACAAGCUGUAAAGACACUUCCACCCACAGCCAUUUAAGGUCUGCUCGCAGCUGCGCAGAGGUACUUGGCUCAGAGUCUCCUCCCACAAACUUGCUGGAGAAGCAGCUUCCUGCCACUGGUGAGGACACAAUUUCACCAAGAGUCAGUACCAUCAGGAAAUUAAAGGUGGACACAUCGCAGUAUCUGAGCAAGUUGCGGAACAGAAUCUGCAGGGUUGUCCUUUCCAGUGAUGAUGAGGAUGGCUCUUCUGAACCAAAAUGCACAGAGCCACUGCAGGAUGAUAUUACUGAUAAUAAAGAAAUAGACCAAGAGUCUGAUUUACCUUUCUCAAAAAUGCAAUUGGAAGACAGGAUGGAAAGUCACACAGAGCAGCUUUUAAUGGAGUCAGUUGAAGAUAGAUGUCCUGUUACCUUACCUUCUGGUAGCACACCUAGUGAACAGGUGAAUCCAGCAUUGGAAAUUGCAUUUGCAAGUCUGUACAUUGGGAGAUUUAAAUGGUCAUCAACAGGUCAUGCAAGGUUUACAACCAAGUAUAUUAUGAUCCCAUUUCAGGUGGCUCUUAAUAAGAAUGUUAAGCUGACAGUGGAUACUCUGGAUCUGAGAAGGUUUGGUCUGUGGAGAAGCGACAGUGGCUGUUCUUCAAGCACAAUCGUUUUCCUUUGGUUGUCUGCAGAUUAUGUAGAAAAGAUUGAAACCCAGUUAGGAAAGUCUGUUUUCAGCAAACCAUCCAAAUCUAGUGAAUUUGUUUUUCUUGAGCUGUCCCAAACACUCACAGAGUGGGAAGAAGUUAGACUGACUGAAUUAAUUACAAAUGUGAGCAAGAAGAACAGAGCACCAGAUCUCUCUGAGUUUUUGUCUUUGAAGCAAGCCUUACCUUUGUUUAAGGAUCUUUCUGCUGAAGAGAGCCCUUUUAUCAGUUACAGUAAGGAUCUACUAAAGCAAUGUAUGCUGAAAGAGAAUACCUCAAAUGCGCAUGAGCCUGCAUUUCAGGAAUCGAAACCAAAAGUGGCCAGGCCUAGUUAUGCCCUUGCAAAUAAGCAGAACAGUGGUUGCUAUUCCAUUUCUCUGUCCUCUGCACUGAAUGAAGAAUGGAAAGAAGUAAGAGAAGCUGGAGCAGUUAAGAAUUUGAUUGUUUAUCCACCUCCACCUGCAAAAGGAGGCCUGGGAGUCACAAGAGAAGAUCUAGAGUGUUUAGAGUAUGGAGAAUUUCUCAAUGAUGUCAUCAUUGAUUUCUAUCUUAAGUACCUCUUGUUGGAGAAAGCUCCAAAACAUCUUGCUGACCGUACACAUAUUUUUAGCAGUUUCUUCUAUAAGUGCCUGACCAGGACAGAAAAGAACUCUGAGGGGGAUCCCAAAGUUACAGCAGCACAGAGAAGACACAAAAGAGUAAGAACAUGGACUCGUCAUAUAAACAUCUUCAGUAAAGAUUAUAUCUUUGUGCCUGUGAAUGAGGAGUCUCAUUGGUACAUUGCAGUUAUCUGUUUUCCAUGGCUAGAAGAAGCUGUGUAUGAGGAAUGUCCCCAUCAGACUUCAUUAUAUCACCAGCCUGAACGAUCUCCGCUUCAGUCAGAGAAGGAGAGUCAGAGCACUAGAACCAAUACAAUGUUGGCCUUUCCUGGUAACUGCAAGGGUGAAGAAAUGGAUACAAACAGAAGUUUAUUCUCAAAAGAUGGCAACCAUGUUGCUGCAUGCUCAGGUAUUUCUAAAAACUCUCCAAGUAAUUCCAGAAGGCAAAUUUGUAAAAGGCCUUGUAUACUCAUCUUAGAUUCUUUGAAAGCUGGCUCCUUGCAGAACACAGUUCAGGUUUUGAGAGAGUACCUGGAAGCAGAGUGGGAAGCUAAACGAAAAACACACCGGGAAUUCAGUAAAUCAACAAUGAUUGACUUCUGUCCCAGAGUGCCUAAACAGGAUAACAGCAGUGAUUGUGGUGUAUAUCUGCUGCAAUAUGUGGAAAGCUUCUUCCAGAAUCCCAUAGAUAACUUUGAACAGCCAAUGCAUCUGGAGAAGUGGUUUCCUCGUCAGGUGAUCAGAAGCAAACGAGAAGAAAUUCGAGACCUGAUCUUGCAAUUGCACUUCCAACAGCAUAGUGGCAGCAGCAGCUAAUAAAUCUGCUCAGCCAGACCUGGCAGAGACAUCGCUGUAUGCAGUAACUGGAACUCUGCUUAGCAGCAUUUGGGCUCUUUCUGCCUUACAAGGCUGAAAAAAAAGAUACCACAAGGAGUAUUUUGUUUGUUUAUUGUACCUUUUAUUUAAAUAACUUUUUCAUUUGGAUUGUGUGGUCCUAGAAUGCAGUGAGGAGGGGAAAGGAAAAGACUGUAGAUAAAAGUGUAAAUAUGUAAGUUAAAGCUAGUUAACAUUUGUUAACUGAACUUUUACUUGGAAUAUGGAAGCUACAUUCAGAUAUGUGCCACAAAGAUGUAAAAAUAUUUUGAUCUUGUGGAGCCUGUUCCUUACAAUUCUGUAUAAACAUAAUUUAGAGUUGAAUGAGCAUGUAGGAGUCUGUCCUGAAGACAGGAUUUUGACCCUAUGCUGUGACUCUUUCUACUUUGCAGUUCACAUAGAAUGAAUACUAUGUAUUGUUUUAAUUUAAAGAUAUAAUAUUGACUCUCUUUAGAGAUUUUUUGUUUGUUUGUUUCUGAAUAUGUACAGCAAUAGUCUGCAUUUGUCAGAAUAUUCUGCUGAGAUUUGAGGCUGCUAGAUUUUGUGGGUUUUUUUCCUCCCUAGCAUUUUCAUCAUAAAAAUUUUAUUUUCAUGGGAGUUGAAGCCAUUUGCUUCAGAGUGAAUUUUGAAACCUUUUAAGCUCAAAAGUGGUCUCUUUCCUAUAUUUUUUAAUGAUUUUUUUUUCUUAACCAGAUUUUCAAAAAAACCUUGCUCUCAAAGUAUGUGCCAAUACAUGUAGGUAGUAUACCUCUGAAUCUUAUGGCAUCAUUUGCAUUAAAAGAGCAAGCAGGCUGUGAUUUAGCAAGUUUAUUUGAGAUGUUUUACUGAAAAGUAAGCCCUUAUUUUCAUUCAUAAAGGUCAUUGUUAUAUGUAAUAUGUCUUUAGGAUAUGUAAUUUACAUACAAGACAAACAGAUUUUAUACUUUGCUCAGGAGAAUUGAGUAAAGAUGCCCACAUGUGUGAGUAUUUGAACUUGGGACUUGAUAAACUAGCACAAUUUGGCUAAGUAUGCAGUGAUACAGUUUUUCUCAGACAUGGAUCACAGAAAACUUUUAAUAGCCUUUUCAGAUGUGCAUAUGUUUUGCUAUGGUCACUGCAUAAUGUAAGGUGGCUGUGUUUAGAAGGAGGCUUUCCCUUUCCCUGGGGUAAGGAAAGUCAUGUGUCAUAGCAGCUUUCAGAAGGACCAUGUGUCAGCUAACCACCAAAACCACGUGUGUCAUAAAUCUGUCUACAAAACCAGAACUCUUAAAGCUGCAAGUAGGCUAGAGAGUUAAAAUGAAAGUAGAGAGCAACCCAAAGAUGUGAUCAAUUUUUUGGUGUCUCAGAAUUCUCAGGGCCCCUUUCCUCAAGUCAACUCUGAAACUUUGCAUUGCAGAAGGUGGUCAUUUCUUCAGGUUCUGUGCAGUCAUCCAAAAAAACCAUUGUUUCUCAAACCAGGAAGCAUUCUUUCUGGAGAAGAGAGACAAUUUUAAAACAAAAUGAUAUGCUGGUCACAGUUACCUUCUGUAUAACUGUGGGCAGCCUGGUGCAAAUAAUGCAUGUGUUUGACUUCAUUUCCACUUCAAUUCUGUAGUUUGUCACUACCCCACUCACUCUCCUCCCCAGCUUCUAUCUCUGUCAUCCCUGAGAGUUUUGUGGCUUUCAUCUCUCAAACCAUAUCAUCAGCACUACUACAGGGAUAAUCUAUGUAUUAUAAAAUAGAUAAAAGAAUGAAUUCAGAAAUGUGUGCCCUUUCUCUAUACCUUUUCCAUUGAUGAAUAUUUUUGAUGUUCCCUCAAAUUUGUAUUAUAAAUAGUUUGGGGUUUUGUUACUGUAAGAAUUGGUUUCCAUCAUAAAGUAGUAUUUGUUCUUUUUUAGAUUGGCUGGUUUGUAGAUAUUUAAAAGCAAAAGUCACGUGUAAACUUCUCUAAAUUGGUUUUAUAAACUUAUUUUAAAGGAUUACCUUCGUAGAUUAAUGCUAGAUGUGUGCUAUGAGAAUGCCAAUACAUUUGAUAUUAAAAAAAAUCUCCCAGUGUUGCUGAA